AUGGAGUCACCACCCGCACCCGAAUCGCUAGUCGCCUCUGCAGUUGCGGCAGUCACCGCGCCCGCCUCAGUGGUGACCGUCACAACCACCAUCACAGCCGCACCACACACCCUCGUUGAGCGCCAGGUCGACUAUACCUACUCGAUCUACUCUGCAGUUAACAACAAUGGUUACUCGUUGUCGUAUAUCUCCAGGCAAUUGAGCUCUGUCAACGACAAUUUGUACUCUCAAUACAGUCAAGCCAGCGUAGCCAACGGCUACCUGUCCUCCAUGUCCGUGUAUGCUUCCCGCGCCGAUGUGCGCGCCGGAGGUACCUCCGACACCAAGGGAUCCGCCAUGGUCGUCGAGCUCGCCGUGCUCAUUGUUGUCGUCGCCCUCGCGGCCGUGGCCCUCCUCAUCACCCUCAUUGUCAUCGCCUACCGUCUCGGCAAGAGCAACCGCGGCGGCGCAGCGGCCUCGCCCCUCGUCGCCCGCCACAGCCCCAAGGCCACCAGCAACAGCGGUAACAGCAACGGCAUCAAGUCCCUCACUAAGGAGUAUGGCACCACUACGGCGCACUAG